GGGGCGCGCGGGGGCCGUCGGGAUGCGGCUCCGCCCUCUCGUACUCAGUCGGCCGGUCGGUGUCCCGACAGGCACCGCGCGGGGUCAACGCGAGGUCGGUGGGGUUUGCGACGCGACGACGGCGUCUGCGGCUCCGAGAUCUGAGCAGGUGCAGCAGGACCGACGGACCACUGAUGAAGCGGACAGGAGGCCGAUAGCCCUGGUACACACCUUGACAUUUCUCAGGGUGCCAGGGCAGGAUGUACACGCUGCUUUCGGGGCUGUACAAGUACAUGUUCCAGAAGGAUGAAUACUGCAUCCUGAUCCUAGGCCUGGACAAUGCCGGGAAGACAACCUUCUUGGAACAAUCAAAAACACGGUUUAACAAGAACUACAAAGGGAUGAGUCUAUCCAAAAUCACCACUACCGUGGGCCUAAACAUUGGCACUGUGGACGUGGGGAAGGCUCGUCUCAUGUUCUGGGACUUAGGUGGACAAGAAGAACUACAGUCUUUGUGGGACAAGUACUAUGCAGAGUGUCAUGGCGUCAUCUAUGUCAUUGACUCCACUGAUGAGGAGAGACUGUCAGAGUCCAAAGAGGCAUUUGAGCCUGCAGUCAUGAACAAGACAUGGUGCAAGGCUCCACAUCUCCUGCUUUCCUCAGAGAAGGUGGUUUCGAGUGAAGCACUGGACGGUGUCCCCAUCCUGGUGUUGGCCAACAAGCAGGAUGUGGAGACCUGCCUCUCCAUUCCUGACAUCAAGACUGCAUUCAGUGACUGUACCUGCAAGAUUGGCCGUCGAGACUGUCUGACCCAGGCCUGCUCUGCUCUCACAGGCAAAGGAGUCCGAGAGGGCAUCGAAUGGAUGGUGAAGUGUGUCGUGCGGAAUGUUCACCGGCCACCCCGGCAGAGGGACAUCACAUAAGCACCAACUUUGCAGUCUUGGAACUGUUCAUCCCCUGGUGUUGGAAUUCCGAGUGCUCCCUGCUGGCUCUGUGCCACUGAUGCUGGGGCUAAGCUGGUUGUUUGUUAAUUCUUUUAUUUGCUUUAAGACAAACUUCUCUGUCUGGAAAAGUAUAGGUAUCCAGAGACAAACAUAAGGCAUACAGGCCAUCCAGCUCUAUAUUCCUUCCCCCCUCCCCCUCCCACCCCAUCCCAGAUCUGGAACUCUCCCAAACUAGUGAGGCCACUCCUAGGCUUGCCUGUUAGCCCAUUCCAAAGUGGAAUUUGAGGGCAUCCUGCUUGAAAUGGGGGUCUAUCUCUGGCAGCUGCUUUGUCCAGCUUGCCCAUGGAGGUGAGAAUGGUCAGGGCUAAUCUCACUUGGAGAAAGAUCUAGCCCACAUCCCAGAAGCCAUCAUGGCCCUAGUUUUGUUUGGAGUUGGGUGGGUGAGACAGGAUUUUUUUUGUAACCCAUGUUAACCUGGAACUCUUUGCCUCCUGCCCUGUACCAGUGGGAAUUAUAGGUAUGGGGCAUCACACUUAACUUUCCACCAGGUUUUGAUAUAAUCUCAGGAGAUGGUUCAGUAGACCUGCUGGAGAUGUCUGAUUUCCCUCACUAACCCAUUCUCAUUCUUAUCUCCAAAGGAGAAAGCUGAUAUAGAAAUGCUUAGAGGACAAAUCUUGCUGAGUGUACAUUUCAGUACACCCAUACUCAGGUUGUGUGGCAGCGUCCUUAGGAUACAGCUUUCACCAGGCUAUUAAGGUGUUGCUGUAGCCAGUGUAGGUGGACUGGGUCCCUACAGGAUCCAGGUCAGUUAAGUGCUGGAUUUGCAUCUCCAGAUGAGUGUGAGGUGUGGGUUGCUAGGUGGCAGCAGCCAUGCCUACUAGGCCUACUGGGUGAAAUUCUUCCUCAUGUGGCCAGGAUAAGUUUAUGAAAUAAAGACAGCCUAAGUAGCUCCUGUCCAACCA